UAACGCCCUCGUCUCCAUUUCCAAAAGUUCCUAUCGUUACGCCCAUUCCUCCAACUUUCUGAAUCGCAAAAAAGUGCUUCAACUUUCAGCCAUUAUCGAUUCCGGCCGGCAAUCGAGGUUCUGAUUCUGAAUCAUGUUGCCAUGGCGGAUGCGCUCGCCGGAGGCGGCGGGGGAGGCGAGAUCGGCGAAGGCCGUGCUCUGUAUUUCCGGCAUGAAUUGCUCUGCUUGCGCUGUUUCUGUGGAGAAUUCCAUCAAACACCUUCCAGGCAUUCUCGACGCCGCCGUUGAUUUCUUGAACGAUAGGGCUCAGAUCCUCUAUCUCCCAAAUCUCAUCGACGAAGAGUCAAUACUCGAAGCAAUUGAAAAUGCUGGAUUUCAAGCUACACUAUCGAAGGACGGUACCGAUCAUCGAUCGAGAGAAGUAUGUCGAAUCCGAAUAAAUGGGAUGGGCUGCACUUCUUGUUCUUCCAUGGUAGAGUCAGUUUUGGAAGCAAUGUAUGGAGUACAAAAGGCUCACAUUGCUCUUUUGAAAGAGGAAGCAGAAGUUCACUAUGAUCCAAAAGUUGUUAACUGCACUCAGCUCAUCAUUGCCAUAGAAGAUAUUGGGUUUGAGCCCUUACUCAUAACCAUUGCUGAUCACAUAAGCAAGAUUGAGCUCAAGGUUGAUGGUAUGCAUAAUGAGAACUCAUCAACAAAAGUUAAAGAAUCGCUCGAAUUGGUCCCGGGAGUUGAAGACGUUGAUAUCGAUAGGACACUGAGCAAAGUUACCAUAUCUUACCGACCUGACAUAACAGGACCUAGAACUUUCAUUGAAGUGCUCGAGUCGAUCAAAUCCGAGCAUUUUGAAACAACUAUAUAUUCUGAAGAAGCGAGACGAGAAACUCGUAAGGAGAAAGAAAUUAAGCAGCAUUAUAAGUACUUCUUGUGGAGUUCUGCUCUUUCCAUUCCUGUUUUCUUAACAUCAAUGGUGUUUAUGUAUAUACCUGGAAUUAAGCAGACUUUGGAUAUCAAAGUAGUCAAUAUGAUGACGGUGGGGCAGAUUAUCCGGUGGAAUUUGUCGACUCCGGUGCAGUUCAUCAUCGGCUGGAGAUUUUACGUUGGAUCGUAUAAAGCGUUACGCCGUGGUUUUGCCAAUAUGGAUGUAUUGAUUACUUUGGGGACAAAUGCAGCUUACUUUUAUUCAGUCUACAUUGUGUUGAGAGCAGCUACAUCCCCUGCUUUCAAUGGAACAGAUUUCUUUGAGACUAGUUCAAUGUUGAUAACAUUCAUUCUACUUGGCAAGUAUUUGGAGGUUUUGGCAAAGGGAAAGACCUCUGAGGCCAUUGCGAAGCUUAAGCACUUGGCUCCAGAGAUGGCGACGCUCUUGACUUCGGAUGGCCAUGGGAACGUGAUCGGCGAAGCGGAAAUCAGAAGUGAGUUGAUUCAAAAGAAUGAUGUUGUCAAGGUUACUCCAGGGGCAAAAGUAGCUUCUGAUGGUCUUGUGGUAUGGGGAGAAAGUCAUGUCAAUGAGAGCAUGAUCACUGGAGAAGCAAGACCGGUAGCGAAAAGGACGGGCGACAAGGUGAUCGGAGGAACUGUGAAUGAGAACGGGGUAUUGCAUAUAAAGGCAACACACGUCGGAUCAGAGAGUUCACUUGCGCAAAUCGUUCGACUCGUUGAAUCGUCCCAGUUGGCAAAAGCUCCUAUUCAGAAAUUUGCAGACCAAAUUUCCAAGUACUUUGUGCCUCUGGUGAUUUCACUUUCUUUUCUCACUUGGAUUUCCUGGUUAUUAGCUGGAAAGUUGCACCUCUAUCCAAAGUCCUGGUUGCCUUCUUCAAUGGACAGUUUUGAGCUUGCUCUCCAAUUUGGGAUUUCCGUUAUGGUCAUAGCUUGUCCUUGUGCCCUCGGCCUCGCCACCCCGACUGCCGUUAUGGUUGGUACCGGUGUUGGUGCAUCUCAGGGAGUACUAAUCAAAGGUGGUCAAGCAUUAGAAUUCGCGCAUAAGGUGAGCUGCAUUGUGUUUGACAAGACUGGAACUCUAACAAUUGGAAAGCCAGUAGUUGUGAAUACAAAACUUAUGGACUCUAUAGCACUUGAAGAACUCCUUGAACUCACAGCUGCAACCGAGGUGAACAGUGAGCACCCAGUAGCCAAGGCCAUUGUUGAAUAUGCCAAGCAAAUCAAGGGAGAACAGAACAACACCAUUUGGCCAGAAGCUCAGGAAUUCAUAUCCAUUCCUGGCCAUGGAGUAGAAGCCACUAUAAGGAACAGGAAAAUAAUGGUUGGAAACAAGAGCUUGAUGAUGAAAAAUGCCAUCGAAAUUCCGGGGGAAGCGGAAAGCUUUCUCGUGGACGCAGAAAGUAUGGCGCAAACUGCGGUUCUGGUGGCCGUGGAUCGGGAGGUGGCGGGCGCUAUCGCCGUGUCCGAUCCGCUGAAACCGGGUGCCAAAGAAGUGAUCUCCAUUCUCAAGUCUAUGGAAGUGAAGAGCGUGAUGGUAACAGGGGACAAUUGGGGUACUGCAAAUUCCAUUGCCAAAGAAGUUGGAAUUGAAACAGUCAUAGCAGAGGCCAAGCCUCAGCAGAAAGCAGAGGAAGUGAAGAAUCUUCAGGCGACGGGGCACACGGUGGCGAUGGUGGGGGAUGGGAUCAACGACUCGCCCGCCCUAGUGGCAGCGGAUGUCGGGAUGGCGAUCGGAGCUGGUACCGACAUCGCCAUUGAGGCAGCAGACAUUGUUCUAAUAAAAAGUGACUUACAGGAUGUUAUAACUGCAAUUCAUCUUUCCAGAAAGACCUUUGCUAGAAUCCGCUUGAAUUACAUUUGGGCUCUCGGUUAUAAUCUUCUCGCCAUUCCAAUCGCCGCGGGCGUCCUCUUCCCGUCGACUCGGUUUCGGUUGCCGCCGUGGGUUGCCGGAGCAGCCAUGGCAGCCUCUUCUGUAAGUGUGGUAUGCAGUUCUUUGAUGUUGAAGAAGUACCAGAGACCCAAAAGGCUGGAGGAAGUUGAGACUCAGAUGAAUGGAAUAGUGGUUGAAUGAGGUAUAUUUUUCAAUAUGAAGUAAUUGACAAGCAAAUCUUUGUUAAAUGUUCAUUGAUAAUGUAGAAAUGCAAACGUAAUUGACAAAAA